ACCAUGUUUUAUUAUCUGUGACACUCUGGAUUUCAAGUGUUGAAGCAGUGUUGAGUUGUUGUAACUUCGAUUUUUUACUAUUCGGAAAAACACAAAUAUCAAACCGUGAUUGCGAAAAGGAUGCGUUAAAAUGUUUUGCUGCUCAGAAAAAAUGAAGUUUGAAAAGUUGCGAAGUUAAAAGGGGGGUAGCUCUGUCUAGAAAAAUUAUUUAAAAUAAAGGUUGUAUUUUGUAUUUUAGUAUUUUGUGAAAUGUCUAGUAACUCUUUAUUGUUUUCUCUCAAUAAUGAGGGCAAAGUGUAUGCAUUACCUACAAGUGGAUCAUGUUGGAGGGAAUUCAUGUACCUCGGUUUGGAAUUUAAAACUUUAUCAGCUGUGCCACAUUUCCUUUGGGCAGUAGGAGGGGACCGGCAAAUCUACCUCCACGUUCAUGGAUUAGAAAUCCCUAUCAGGGUACAAGAGGAGUCCUACGAAAAUGAACGUUGGUUGCCACUAGAAGGGUUCAGUGGAAGGCUCCUGCCAACUGAUAGGUAUCACUUUUCUUCUCAAGAUGGCACUCAAGAUAGAGCAAUACAACGCAUCAGGUUACCCUCCAUGGCUUGGCAAUGGGAAGGAGAAUGGCAACUCGAACUUACAUUAGAUGGACACCCUUUAGACCAUGAUGGAUGGACCUAUGCAGUUGAUUUCCCAGCCCAGUUUGGGCCCAGUAAGCAGUGGAAGUCUUGUGUCAGGAGGAGAAAAUGGAUCAGGUAUAGAAAGUUUAGUGCUAUGAACUCAUGGUGUGCUAUAGCACCCCUUCACAAAGACCCCCCUCAGGAACCUUUUAUUGAUGUAAGCAUUGGAGGAAACCAAAUACCAUUUGCAGGGCCUGGUACACUGUCAGUGUGGGCAAUUACUGCUCAUGGGCGAGUCAUGUACAGAGCUGGUGUAAGUGCUACAUCCCCUGAGGGCUUGAAGUGGACUAACAUUAGCAUUCCACCUAAUUGUGAUAUUAAACACAUUUCUGUAGGAGCUACAGGCUUAGUAUGGGCUCUGCUUUGGACGGGCCGAGCCAUAGUAAGAAAGGGUAUUACAAAAGACUCACCUACUGGAGAAGGUUGGCUAGAAGUGAAGUCACCCAGUGAAACAAAGCUCAGUGUCAUCUCUGUGGGAUAUAAUGCUGUUUGGGCUGUUAGUUCUGACAAUAAAGUUUGGUUUAGAAAGGGUGUAGAAGGCAACACGGCUGGCACUUCUGAAGUAUCUGCAAUGGGCACUGGCUGGUUAGAAAUCACAGGAAACAUGACUCAUGUUUCAGUGGGAGUGAAUGAUCAGGUGUUUGCUAUAGGAGAGUCAGACAAGAGCAUAUAUUGGCGAAGCGGAAUUACACCUGCAGAAUUAACUGGAAAGAGGUGGAGAAUGGUACAAGCCAAUAUGCAACUAAGUCGAACAUCAAGUUCUGCAAGCAUGGUUUCAUCAGCAUCUAAUAAUGCAAAGCACCAUAGUUUGACCAUGCUGAAUGAAACUACACAACUAAAGUCUCAUAUUAAUAUUCACAAUUCUUGGGAAGAAUCCCAUUCGGCACCAAUAGAGCAUACACUGCCAAUAAAACCACCAAAGGAACACAUUUCCAAAAAGACUACAGCAGCUACAGAUAUUGAUUUAACAGGUAAAAGUUAUGAAACAACAUUGAAAAAUCCUCGAGCUUGGAGUCCAGUGCGGAGUGUUGGCUCAGUGGUGGGGAUGGAAGCCCAGCCGGACAGUGACAGCAGUGUGUUUGAUGUCGACUCUGGCAUGUAUUUUGAUGAGGAAGUUAGUCAGACUGCAUGGGGAACAUGUGACACAAAUUGGACUUUUGUUGAGGCUGGUGCUUGCUGCAUUGAUCCCGUACAAGUGCCACAUUGGUUUACAGAUAGCCAAAAUUCACUAAAUUCAGACUUAAAUGCUAAUUGGCGUAUCCAGAUACUAGAUUGUUUAAAAAAUAGAAAUAAUCAAGAUCUUGACCUCUCCGACUAUGGCAUAGCUAUUGAUGAGAAGGGCUGGACUCGCAGUUGUGAAGCUAGGUUAAUCACUACUAACAAUGCUGGAGAAGAUUGUAUUCUUUCACUGUACUGGCAUGCCUUAGAAAAUACAGGGACAUUAUCAGUGUUUAAGCCUGAUGGUACAAUUAAAUUUAUUUUAAACCUGGGUGAAGUCACAAGUGUUAUGUCAGCCUCUGAACCAGGAAAUCCCAGAUUAGCCUUAACAGUGCCGCGACAAAAUAAAGAGGCUAUUAAAAUACAGUUCAUGACAGAAAUGGAACAUGAAGAAUGGCUAAAUGUACUGGUGGAUAUCACUUCACAAAUAAACGGACUCUCUGGAAAGCCUUCUGUAAGUUCUGUGUGGGCUGUUACUAGUUCUGGUGACAUACUGAACUGGGACCCCAUGUCAUCCCAACAAAACACUGAAAAUAAAGGGUCCUAUAGCAAGGAAUACCAACUGAUAGGAAAAAAUAUAGUACCAGGAUUUGUUACAACAUUGGACAAUAAUUUCCCACCAGGCACCUCUCUCAAAAUUGUUGGCAGCUUAUUUGAUGAAGUUGGCCGGUUUCAUGUAAAUUUACAAGGUCCAGAGGUAAAAAAACAGAGGCAUAAAAUCGAAACUGAAGUACCUGAAGUUCACUUUCACUUUAAUGUUCGAUUUGAUCAGAACACAGUUGUAUGCAACACAAAAACAUCUGGUAACUGGGGUGUGGAAGAGCGCUAUGAUUUACCUCUAGCUCCUGGUCAAGAAUUUACAAUCAACAUUAUUUGUAUUAGAGAGGGCUUCAAGGUUUUAGUUAAUGAGAAGAAAGUUUGUUUUUAUAGGCACAGAUUAACUCCAGAUAGCAUAACAUCAGCACAAAUUCUAGGCCCUAUGAAACUCUAUACAAUGGAAUACACCUCCACAAGUCCGAUUAUAGGUCCUGAUGAAAUGUAUUGGCGAAUGAUAGGAGGAUACCUCAGAAGGAUAGAGAGUGGUCAAAAUGGAAUCGUUUGGGGAAUAACACACGACCACAGAGUUUGGGUCUACACUGGUGGAUGGGGUGGAGGUGUUUUGAAAGGAAUAGGCAGCAAUGAUGGCAUCAACUCAAUGAACGAUACUCAAACAUACUGCAUAUACGAGAACCAGCGUUGGAACCCCCUAACUGGCUACACGUCAGUUGGCUUGCCUACGGACCGCUACAUGUGGAGUGACAUUACUGGGAAACAUAAGAGAACAAGAGAACACACAAAGUUGUUGAGUCGCCAUUGGCACUGGAUAUCAGAAUGGAUGGUGGACUACAAUACGCCAGGAGGCGUGGACAGCGACGGCUGGCAGUACGCGACCGAUUUCCCAGCGCCAUACCACGGAAAGAAGAUAUUCACGGACUGUGUUCGGCGCCGACGGUGGUACAGGAAAGCUCAGAUUAUAACGGAGGGUCCGUGGGUCCGAGCCGGGAGUACCCCGCUGCUGGACAUAUCUUUAUGGAAUGACGGUGACACAACCUCAGUGUGGGCCGUCACGCUAGGUGGAGAUGCGAUAUACCGGACCGGAGUCACAGUCACAGCUCCCGCGGGUACUCACUGGGAACACAUUAGCAAUCCACAAUCUUUAAUCGCUAUAAGCACGAGUUGCGGAGUUGUCUGGGCCGUUGGCCGAAAAGGAGAACUUUACUAUAGGGAAGGCACCUCCACUGACAACUCUGCAGGUUCCAACUGGAAGUUGAUCGAAGCACCUAAAUGUACUAUUGGAUUUUCGCACAAGACGAAAGUUACUGCGAAGUCAGUAUCGUUAUGUAAUGGAGCGGCCUGGGUCAUUCUAACUAACGGUAUAGUGGUUGUCCGAACGGGCAUAACCAAUACCUGCCAGGAGGGAACACACUGGAAAUAUCUGACAGAUAACGAGAUGACAUUCAAACAAGUGUCGAACGGGGAGCAAGGAGUGUGGGGAGUGGACUCUGACGGGGUGCUGCACCGCCGGCUCGGGGUGUCGACCACCAACCCGGUCGGCAUCGCGUGGCAGCCCGUGCUGUCCGGCGGCGGCGCCCUACUGCACGUCUCGGCCCGGGGACGCCAUCUUUAAAUAUACUCUACCUUAUUUAUUAUAGUCAUGUGAAAACGUGUACCAAAGCUUGACUAAGUUGUGGCCGAUUUUAUCAACUUGUCGAUUAAACGAAGGAACUUAAAUAUUUCUACCAAAGAAACAAAGAAUAUGCUAGAGUGAGUAUUAACUACAAUGAAACUUCCAUACUACUGCUGCCCCCGCUUUAUAUGAACUACAUAUUUUGUAUGACUGUUGUAAUUUAUCCGAAUUCGUGUCUUUCGCAGUCUAUAGUUGGAAAAAUUGGCCCAUAUCCCAUGCGUCCCUAUAAGGAUCUCUAAAAAAAUUACUUGUGAUAUAAUCUUCCAAGUUAGACUGCAGUUAAAAGGCUUUUAUUUAUUAUGCUCAUAUCGUGUUAAAUUUAUGUACGCCCCAAGGCUUUAGGUAAGCGAUUAUUAUAUAAUUAUAUUUAGAAAAAACGACCCAAUGAACUUAAAACUGUAUUUGACUGAAUAUACCUAUUCGAAAUCAGUAUGAUAUGCAUCGGCUUAUUAAAUCGUGCAGUUUACUGAAAUAGUCACUUCGCACACAAUGCUUAACAAUAGAAAUGUACGUACCUAUGUUUUGGGAUAUGUAUUUAUUUUUUCGUCGCCAGUGAUAUUAUGAGUGUAAAAUGUAUUUCUAGUCAUUAAGGAAAUUGUUAGAUACUUUAAGCUCUCAUUUUAAAUAUAAGCUUGAGCAGAACCAUAAUAUAAUAAAAAUAAUAUAUGCAUUUUACAA